AUGGCGGAGGAGGGGGGCGCGGGGCGGGCGCGGGCCGCCGUGGCGCGGCUCUCGGAGGCGGUGGGCGAGCGGCGGCGGCGGCUGGGCACGGCCAUGGGGGACGCGCGGCGGCAGCGGCGGCUGCUGCUGCUGGUGGUGUGCGUGGCGCUGCUGUUGGACAACAUGCUCUACAUGGUCAUCGUGCCCAUCAUCCCCGAGUACUUCGCGGCCGUGCGCGGCGGCGGGGGCGACGGCGGGGACGGCGAGAGCGGCGGCGGCAACCGGAGCCUCCUGCCGGCGCGGUACCCGCCGGCCACGGGGGACAACGAGGACGUGCAGAUCGGGGUGCUGUUCGCCUCCAAGGCCAUGCUGCAGCUGCUGGUCAACCCGCUCAGCGGCACCCUCAUCGACCGCGUGGGCUACGAGGCGCCGCUGCUGGCCGGGCUGGCCGUCAUGUUCCUCUCCACCACCACGUUCGCCUUCGCGGGGAACUACGCGACGCUGUUCGCGGCGCGCAGCCUGCAGGGGCUGGGCUCGGCCUUCGCCGACACGGCGGGCAUCGCGCUCAUCGCCGACCGCUACGCCGAGGAGCCGGCGCGGAGCCGCGCCCUGGGCACGGCGCUGGCCUGCAUCUCCUUCGGCAGCCUGGCCGCGCCCCCGUUCGGCGGCGUGCUCUACGAGUUCGCCGGCAAGCAGGUGCCCUUCCUGGUGCUGGCCUGCGUCUGCCUCCUCGACGGGCUGCUGCUGCUGGCCCUGGCGCCGCCCUGCGCCGCGGGGGCGAGGGCCAACAUGCCCGUGGGCACCCCCAUCCACCGCCUCAUGAUAGACCCCUACAUCGCCGUGGUCGCGGGGGCCCUGGCCACCUGCAACAUCCCCCUGGCCUUCCUGGAGCCCACCAUCGCCAACUGGAUGAAGGAGUCCAUGGGGGCCAGCGAGUGGGAGGUGGGCCUCACCUGGCUGCCCGCCUUCUUCCCCCACGUGCUGGGCGUCUACGUCACCGUCCGGCUGGCCGCCGCCUAUCCGCACCUUCAGUGGUUUUACGGGGCCCUGGGCAUGGCCAUCAUCGGCGCCAGCUCCUGCCUGGUGCCGGCCUGCAGGAAUUUCUGGCAGGUCAUCAUCCCCCUCUGCGGCAUCUGCUUCGGCAUCGCCCUGGUGGACACGGCGCUGCUGCCCACCCUGGCCUUCCUGGUGGACGUGCGCCACGUCUCCGUCUACGGCAGCGUCUACGCCAUCGCAGAUAUCUCCUACUGCGUGGCGUACGCCCUGGGGCCCGUGGUGGCCGGCCAGAUUGUACACACCAUGGGCUUCGUGCAGCUCAACCUGGGCAUGGGGCUCGCCAACGUGCUCUACGCCCCCGUCCUCAUCUUCCUCAAAAAUGUCUGCCAGAUGAAACCCUCUCACUCGGAGAGGAACAUCCUCCUUGAAGAAGGACCUAAGGGACUCUACGACACCAUCAAAAUGGAGGACCGCAGAGGUGUGGGUAAAAGCCUGCGGCCAGCAGGUGACACGGAGGAGAAUGGCACGGACUCAUACCACAGGGACCUGACAGAGGUGUCCGAGGAAGACUCGUCAGACUAUGAGUACAGUUAGGUCCACCCACGCGGACUGGGAAUGAGGGGGGGAUGCGUAGGAGAGGGGACGGAGGGGAAUGAAAGCGUUACUGCAUUCCAUUUCUGUACUGACGUGCAAUGUAUACAGUUUAGCCUUUGUCAUGAUGUAAUGGCUUUCUUCUUCUAGACUUAUUUUAAUCAGUAUUUCCUUCAGUGUUCUGGUGAGGGGUGGGAGAGAUCCUGGGAAGGAAAAAUUACGAGUGAUGGCGGGCAUCCUUCAAAAAGGGAAAAAGGAACCAGCUUCCCAGCUGGAGUGUGAUUGUGCAAAGUUUGCUCGAGCUGAAACCGAGUGUGACAUAAUGUAUAUCUCUGUAAAGAAAAGAAAAGGGAAAAGUAAAGCAAAAAAGAAAAAAAAAAUUGUGUACAAUUUUGAAUGGCAUAUUCAGGGACUUAAUAAAUCUCGUGUACAUAUACUUAGAUUUUCGGUUGGUUUCAUAUAUUUAAGAAGAGCAACGACCAUCCCAGUAUCUUAUCACUCCUUGGGAAUAAACCGAAGCAUUGUACUUUUUCUUGUGCCGCUCUCCGGUAAGUGCAAUAUGCUGUGUUAUGUUGAAGUCCGAACUACGAGAACAAUACAAUCUGAAUAAAUGGAACUGAAGGGGA